AUGGGCUGUGGACCUUCCCAGCCUGCAGAGGAGCGGAGAUUCGUCCCGGCGCCCAGGAGGGGCUGGGAAGAGGGAUUCAAGGCUGAUGUGGGUGUGACUCAUUCUGGGGAGAACCACAGAGCGCAGGCUGAGGCCGCGCUGUGCACGAACUCCGCAGGCACCCCCAAAGGCCCGGACACACAGGCCCAGUUGGAAAGCUUACCUGGAACCAUUCCAGAAGGUUCCCCGUCUCCUGCUGGAAGAAACAGAAUACAUUUAGACUUAGCGAACAAUGGAUUAAUCCAUAAAUCCCAACCUCCACAGAAUCGAGAGCGACAAAAGUCAUCAGACAUCCUAGAGGAAUUAAUUGUUCAAGGAAUAAUACAAAGCCACAGCAAAGUAUCUAGAAAUGGAGAAUCAUUCGAUGUCAUGGUGAACAUGACUGAGAAGCCACUGAGAAAGCCACCAGCCAGGCUAAAAAAACUCAGGAUCAAGAAGGAGGUAAAGGAUUUCACGAGAAAAGACCUAGAGGAAAAGAUGCAGGCGGUGGCCGAACGCAGGAAGAUGAAAGAAGAAGAAAUAAGAAAAAGGUUACGGAAUGACCGACCUUUGCCCCAAGUCAAUCUCUCAGAUUCAGGUGAACCAGGUGGGGCUGAGGUUCCAUUUGCCAAAAGACUUAACCCUGUAGGUUCUCCAGUGUUUGAACCGUCAGACUUGCAGGGAGGAAAGGUUUUGAAAAGGAAAAAGAGCAAAAGUGACACGACCUCAAAUGAUAGAAACUACAGUUAUGAAGAUAUUGGCGUCGUGGAGUCAGACAUGUCCUACAACCAAGAAGAUGACAUAUUCUAA